AUGCAGGACUCUCUACUGACGACACCGUGCGUCUUGACAGCCGUUGCUACACCUUCAGAUGGACGUCCGUUGCUCUCCCUCAACUCCGAACAUCCCUAUCCCGAUCCGAGUAGCAGUCCACCGCCGGAGCCUCUCUUGGUCGCCCCACCCACCGCUGCCUAUCCACCGCCGCCGCCUAAUCCGAAUCAACGCGAAUCGCCAAUAAAUCGUGGCCGAGCGCUGAGUGCCACGAGCAUCCGCAAUGCAUCGCCGCGAGCCACAACACCAGCAUCGCAGUCGCGACCCAGCUUAGAAUCCGAGCGCAAACCUUCAGUGACCUACGGCCACCAUCGACAGACGUCCAUAGUGCAUGGCGUACAGCACUCGCGAAAUCCUAGCAUGUUAUCCUCUGCCCAGUCAAGUCCGUUGAGCCCGCAGAAGAUCAUGGCGAAUAGUGGUGGAGACACAGGUGCGGGUGCCUAUAAUCCGAUGGCAGUCCUGCAUAAGAGUCCGUCCAUGUCGACUUUGCAUGCGAAUCCUCCAAGUAAUGGUGCGGCGAUUGCGGCGAAUCGAAGCUUUGAAAGUGGUCCUUUGCAAAGGCGGCAACCAGAGAGAAUGCACAGUGGGAAGGUCAAGAGAAGUCACGAACAUCAGAGGUCACAGUCAAGAGCACAGCCGCAACAACCACAGCCAGAACCGAAGACCGUUGGAGAAUAUGCGUUACACCACCUGUUCACGUCGUUCAUUGCAGAGGCCGAUGAGCGGAUCGAGCGAUGUAUGAUUAAGGCCGGCGAGCCAGAGCUUCGAAUUGAGAGCAUCUGCGGCCCUGGAGCUGAUCCGGCGUUCGAUCAGUUGAUCAGUUCGUUGGGACAUAUCAACCGUCAUAAACCAAAUUCUUUGAUCGAUUCGGUCAUUCAUUGGCGCAAGAAGAAGGCAGACACAGCGAACACCGUGUACAACGAACUCAAGCUCAUGCGAGAGACUGCAGGAGCCACGCAGCGCGCGAUGACGAACGGACCAACAUCAGCACCAGGACCUUCAGCAAGUAGCCAGACUUUCACGUUGAUGGAGACUAACGUUGCAAUGGCGGAUCGACGGUCGACGGUCUCGAUCUACAUCCUUUGCCGGGUCCUCAUCGAGAUCAUUGGUCAAACAACCUUGAAGGCGUUAAAUGGUCCGGACAGCUCUUUGAACACCGCAGGACGGCUUGAAGAUGUCAUUUACGGACAACUCCAGAGCGCUGAUCCCGAUUUACUGGCGACCUCACCUGUCAUUAAGGCGAAUUGGGUCAUUCGCGGACAACUUUUGGGUGUCAUGAGUGGGGUUCGUUUCGAUGAAGUCGUGGAGAGAUUUCUGAAGGACCUUAAGGCUGCUCAAAAGCGGUUGGCUGUGAAAGGACUGGCUGAGCCUAAACUCGCGGCCAAGACUGCUCUGCUGGUCCAGAGUAUGAGAUGGCUGAAAGUGCGGUCUCAGCCUGACGAGGCGUGGGAGCAGUCAUGUCAGAUGCUGCAGCUGCUGGCAAGAUUCUUCGCGGAAGUUCACGGCCGGACCAUGAAACAUGCCUACGCGGAGCUGUUCGAGCAUCUGCUCUUACCCAUCGCGGCCACUGCAACAUCUGAACUGAACAUGCCCAGGUGGAAGGAAGUGGUGGCUGUACUGCAGCCAAAGAUCACGCAGAUGCUGUCAAAGGCGGACCAUUGGCCGUAUGUCUAUCCGAUGCAGGCUGUCCUGUUAUGUGCUUCGCCUGCAGAGCACUUCGCAUCACAAUGGCUUCCUCUCGUUACGACCUUUCAACCCAAGGCAAGAGACCGGGCAGGAAGAUCACAUGCGCUUAAGGCUAUUUGUCGACUCGUCUGGCGAUACCUUUACCGCACCUCAGAAUCAAUGAAUGCAGUGACACGGAAGCUGGAUGAGAUUGUCAAGCUUGUCUUUCAAGGCGGGAAGCGUGUGCUGAUAUCCACGGAUCCAACCAUCGCGGACCCUCUCAUCCAGCUGAUACGGAUCAUUGGAUACAAACACCAAGACCUGUGCUUCCGGACCAUCAUCUUCCCACUUAUGAACGCGGAGCUGUUCUCAAGUCCGGAGAAGGACUUGAAGAUUGAGAAUCUCGACCCUGAGAAGACUGUCAUUGCUAUUCGAGCAUUUCUCGCCAUCAUGGCAGACCUUGAAGGAGGUCAGCCUCCUCCCUUUCCCACCCACUUUGAGUGCGAUUCUCUUAUGGACCCGCACUCCCGAUCUCCCAUCACUCAUCGAAGAACACGCUCUCAAGGAUUUGUCCUCUCCGCUGGUCGGACAGAACGCCUUUCACGACCCGUGAUGACCACGAAUCUUAAUGAAGUUGCUCGCGAAUACUAUGUCAAAUUUUGCAAGAUGCUCGGCCAAUUGACCAUCAUUUGCGACAAUACUUUUGGAGGUCAAGCUGUCCUCGAUGAGAAGUUUUCCUCCCAUACGACGCCGAAGACGCCCAUGGCAGAAGCUUUCACGUUCAAUCGGAGAGACGAAUUUUCGACCCCUACCGACGUCAGACAGCAUUACUAUGAUCUGCUGCAUGUCGCUGUAGAGGCUCUACCACGAUGUCUUUCGCCCCAUCUGCCUAUCAAUUCUUUGGUCAAUCUACUGUGUACUGGCACAGCUCACGUCCAGUCACAUAUUGCUACAUCCUCGGCGCAGUCGCUCAAGUCUAUCGCUCGACAGUCGCAUGCGCAGCAAGUCACGAUUGGCUUUGCCCGAUUCAUUUUCAACUUUGAUGAUCGAUAUGCCACCGUCUCGGAUGGCAGUCUUCUGGGUCCCGGUCACAUUGAGAACACACUCAAGCUGUACGUCGAGCUCUUGCAAAUCUGGAUCGACGACAUACAGCAGCGUACGAGAAAGGCCGUCGUUGUGGAUCCAACCGAUGAAGACGACCAGGGCAUCCGACCCCUGCCACUGGAUCUUGCCGGUGUCCUAGCACAUGUGGAUGAAGUAGAGUCGCAUGGACUCUUCUUCUUGUGCUCGCCAUCGAGAGCUGUGCGAGCUGUUGCAGUCAAUGUCCUACGCCUCAUCACCAAGUUUGACACGGCGCUUGGGAAGCCCUGUACACGAAUCAUCAGUAUACUCGAGGGUGGCUCGCAUCAAGUGAUUGAUGUGAACGAUGAGCGCCUCACGCUGGCAGAACGGAGCCGACUUCAAAAGGGUUUACGGAAGGGCAAUGUCAACAACACCCUUGUUGAGUUGUGCAGUAGUGACAUUGCACACGACGCCAACUUGUGGUUCAAGGUCUUUCCGAACCUCAUCCGUCUGAGCUCAGAGAUCUGCUUACACGCAGUCGCACUGACAAGAGAGCUCGUCUGCCAACGAUUGACGCAUAGCCAUCGCUCAAUCGGCAACCUAGCAGAAGGUAGCAAGCAGGCGCAAAAUGCUCUGGAGCAGGCAUUCGCUUCCAACAAGCCUCCCACCCGCCUCAACAGUACCUCACCAGACAUUGUUAUCGAGCAAUGGAAGAUCCACCUCAUCUUCGCUUGCACGACUUUGACCAACAUCGGUGGAGCGCCGAAUUACCCGCUCGUGUCAAGUCAGAGCUCGCAGCAUACACGCAAAAGCUCCAAGUCAUCUGCGACCAGCCAGGAGAAGAUCGCUUCCGCAUCGGAGCUGUUUACUCGUGUCGUGCCUUUUCUAUCGGCAUCAAAUGCCAACGUGAGAAGCGCAGCGGUCGCUGGGCUGGGCGCAACCAAUGCAACGCUGUUUCAGACUCUUCUGGAAUCUUUACAGCCAUUCAUCGCGCUAUGCAGUGCUGACGCCAAAGAUCGCUUAGCGUCCCAUCAACGCAGCGUCACCAAUCCGCGUCGAAACCGACAGACGGAUUGGCUACGUACGGAGAUCACCCAUCUGCUUAGUCUGACUUGCCCUCUACUGCAAGAUCCUGCGACUCUCGGCGAAGACUACAUCAUGACAUACAUGGUCGACUACACGAAGCACCUGCGAAUCUUUCUGAGCGAUACUGACAUUCAAGCGGACCUGGAGUUUCAGAAGCUGCGCACACACUUCUGCACGCUGACGGAAGGCCUUUACGACUGCAUUCGGAAAUUGAAGGACAGUUCGCAAUGGAUGUCUUUUCAAUCUCGUCAGGCUACAUUCGCGCUGCUGGAAAACUGGUGUGGCUUCUCGCCGAACGAAUCUCAGCUUCGCAGACAGCAGGAACAUAUUCGUCGGUCAAUUCUGGACCGCGAAGGCGACAUGAGAAGCAGGACCAUCAUCAACUCGGCUAUUGAGAAGGAGAAGAACGAGCUGCAACAUGCUGCGCUCAGUGCUAUGGCUAUGCUUUGCGCUGGCCCGCUGCAGUUCGUUGCUGACAACAGAGUGCUCAUGCAGUUCGAUGUGCGUCGCAUGCUGUCGUGGAUCAAUGGCAUCUUCGAAGCACCCAGUGAUCGCACGCACGCUGUAGGCCGCAAGGCUCUGCAGAACCUCAUCGCUCACAAUCUCGAUCAGCCAUAUCUUGUGGCGCAGACGAUGAGAAUGUGCUACAUCGCCCGUAUGCCGAAGGCGCUGGGAAGCUACUUUGAGGUUGUCACCAAAGUCUUGACGGACAAUAGCAAUGUCCACACCCCCUUCUGGAAGAUCCUCUGUGCUUGCUUGUACACGCUGGGCAAUGAGGACAGCAGCGUACGAACAAAGUCGGCUCGCCUGCUGCGCACGUUGGAGGAGCGGCUAGGCAGGACGUCGAAGCUCCAAGAUCUGGACAUCAGUGUGUCCGAUAAGACAACGGCGGUGUACAAGCUGGCACAGUUUGAGAUUUCACGAAGACUGGCGAAUGCGCAUCCUGAGUUGGCGUUCCACGUCUUCUCGGAGUUCUCGGCAUACUUCAACGAACUCCAGCCAGACCAUCAACGCAAUAUGGUCUCGGGUAUGCUGCCGUGGAUACAGGCCAUCGAGCUGCAAUUGGAUCCCAACGGAGGACCGACGGGAACUUCGCACAUGCUCUUGGUCAAUCUGUUCGAAAUCACUGUCAAAAGUAGCAUUGCUCUGCACAACGAGAUUCAAGCUCUCUGGCAAGCUCUCGCGACAGGGCCAUAUGGCGGAAAUGUGCAGCUGAUUCUCGACUUCAUCAUAACCAUCUGCUUAGACAAGAAGGAGCAAAAUUUCGUCAUUUACGCCAAGCAGAUUGUGGUGUUCUUGUCCAAGACGCCUGCUGGUGCUCGAGUGGUGGAGCAUCUUAUCAUGCAAAUCGUGCCGAAGACAAUGGUCGCGGAGCGACGAGAGCCGAUGCAGACUCCUGUCGACACUGCCGGUCUGCCCUACAUUGCCGAUCUGGCUGUGGUUCUGCCUAGCGGCGCCAAACAGAACGGCCUGUCCUUGGGACAGCUGAGCAUGAUCUUACUGGUCGAUCUGGUCGUGUCGCCAUUCCAGCUUGCCGCGGACAAGGUGCCUGUCUUACUUCAAGUCGUCCUCGUGCAAUGGGAUCAGUACGUCAGUGUUGUGCAAGAUCAAGCUCGUGAGAUGCUGGUUCAUCUCAUUCACGAGCUGGUCAUCUCCAAGAUCGACGAGAGCACGACCGAGCCAGACAAGAAAUCAAUUGAAGACUUCAUCGAGCUGGUCAGACAGCAGGAUCCGAAGAUUUCUUGGUCCUACACGGAUAGCGAGGUGCGUGCCGGCGAGGAGGACAGCAGAGCUGUCUCUGAGCCCAUGGCCUAUGUGGUCGACGAAGUCGUGAGGAUCUUUUCCAUCACGUAUCCUGGUAUACGAGCAGAGUUGGGCAAGGUCACUAUGCAAUGGGCUACGUCUUGCGCGGUCCGGCACGUCGCAUGUCGGAGCUUCCAAGUCUUCAGAUGCGUGUCAACGACGCUGGACCAGCCCAUGCUGGCAGAUAUGCUAGCAAGGCUGUCAAAUACCAUCGCCGACGAUGAGAACCACGACUACCUCGUCUUCUCGCUCGAGAUUCUCACUACUUUGAGGAGCAUCAUCGACGCAUUGGAUCCGCUGAAUUUAUUGCCAUAUCCGCAACUGUUCUGGAAUACGUGCGCCUGCCUGGACACCAUCUUCGAAAGGGAAUUCCAAGAAUGUCUCAGCAUGCUGGGACUGCUGUUGACAAAGAUGGACCUCAGUGAUCCGGCUGUGUUGAAGAUUCUGCAAGAGAGUCAGCCGCCGACGUGGGAAGGUGGCUUCAAGGGACUCCACGCACUCAUCUACAAGGGUGUGAGGUCUAGUGGAUCAAUGGAGCGCUCACUACAAAUUAUGGAGAAGCUCGUCAAGCUACCAUCGAGCGAUAUCGUUGGAGCUGAUGACCGACUGCUGUUCACGAUCCUGGCGAACCUGCCAAGAUAUCUGCACUGGUUCGACAAUGACGGCAAUGCGUCUUGUCUGGAAUCUGCUGAUGUGCUUGGAUUUGCAGCGGAGAGCCAGAACUAUGUCAGUCUCGCGAGGACGCUGCAGGCGUUUGCAUGUGGGAAGUUCAAGAACGAGCAAGACUUUCUCUCCCAGUGCAUCGCAGCAAUCCGCACCGCGUUCUUCCCUUUGCAGGAGUUCAACAGCUUGGUGUUCUUGCUCGGCAUGGUCAAUAACCAGACGGCCUGGUUCAAAGUCAAGACGAUGCAAAUUUUGUGCGUCAUGAUUCCAGAUGUCGACAUGCGAAAACCGGAGAUUGCGACUCAAGGUCCAGAUCUCAUAUCGCCACUGCUGAGACUGCUGCAAACGGAGCACUGCCAGCAAGCGUUGGAUGUCCUCGACAACGUCAUUGAUAUGACUGGCACACCACUCGACAACAAGCACCUUCGCAUGAGCAUGGCUGGUUCGCACUCGAGUCGCGCGACCCGGAAGGAGUACGACAGUACGAAGAGUCUGUACGGCAUUCCCGAAGAGUCUGGCUGGUCUAUUCCGAUGCCUGCUAUACACUCCGCGCGAACGAGAGCCAAUGUGCACGCAGUAUUCCACACUCUUGCAAACGCGACUGUUGACGGAUACCACGAGACUGACGCCACGCCGGAGUUCGAGUUCCACAAGGAUGAUUACGGCCAGUACGACUCCUACUUUGCGGACCGCACGGCGACAAUGCUUUCGGAUGACACUCGUCUUGCUGAUCCCAAUUUCGGAGAGCUGGCCGAGAAGUUGGACACUCUUGACGACUUCUUUGACGAGGCCACGGCGACACCACCCGUCUACCCAAGCAAUGUUACAGUGACGCAAUACGCUGCAGACGAACGGCGUGAGAGUCUCUACGAUCAGCAAGCCCUCCCUAUUCUCCAUCGAUCUUUGAAGCGGAAUGCGAGCAUAACUUCCUUCCAGACCGGCUUUGCAGAGCAAUUCCGUCGCCAGCCUCAGCAGCGUCCCGAUCCAGCUAUUAUGAAUCCGGCCGCUUUUGCAAACCCUGCGUCCUCGAACACCAGCCUCCGUCCGGGCCUCCAUAAUCGCUCUGUCACGUCGCCGAUCAUGACGCUCAGCACAAGCUCGUCUCGCAACGACCCGGCCGUCCUCUCAGGCGACGAGACUGCCGAUGACGAACGCGAGGCUUUCUUCUCGGACGGCGAUGAGGAGUACUUACCCAAUCAUCAACUGCGCAUCGCCCGUUCGCAGACCGCCGAGGAAGCUCAUCCGCGGGCUCCGCACCAUACAGCGAAAAACAUGCCGACGUCCGGGUCCGGAGGCGGUUUCAGGACUCUGAAGUCGAACUUGAGGAGGUUGACGAGUAGUGGAGGAAACAAGGAGGCGAGAGAUGCCUUGAGAGUUGCGGCUGCUCUCACUGCGGGCAAGUCUCCAAAGGUACCGAAAAUGCCUGCUUACUAUGUGAAAGAAGGGCCGUUCUCGGCGGAACCUUGA